AUGGCCCAGCAGCCGCGGGAAAGGGGACGACCGAUGCAGGUCAUCUUUGUUGGCCUGUCGAGGAGCGGAACCAUGUCGCUCUGGGCUGCUUUGAGGGAACUUGGGUAUACACCAUAUCAUUGUUUGGAAUGUGGUUUGGACAACGCCAACGGUGCGUAUCCGAAGUGGUGGGAAGCUGUACAGGCGAAAUACGAAGGAAAGGGCACACCAUAUAAGGGGAAGGAUUUUGAGAAGAUGCUCUGGCGAUAUGACGCCAUUACUGACAUACCAUGCGUCCUCUUCGUCGACGAACUUCUGGAAGCAUACCCGGAUGCCAAGGUAGUCCUUCAAUCUCGGGAUCCAGAUGCUUGGGCUAGCUCAGUGCGAGAUAAUUUCCUGUACUUUCUGAGUGGAUGGCGAUGGUAUUAUCUCAGGCUUUUCGACAAGAGUACCGCCGAUCCAUGGUACCGUAUCGUAGAAAGGUCCAUCAAAGAAUGGAGCGGCGGAGACGUGACAAACCUGGAAGCUUACAAGCGAGGUCUAGCAGCGCACAAAGAUCAUGUUCGGGCGCGCGUGCCAAAAGACAAGCUUCUAGAGUACAACGUUGCGCAAGGCUGGAAGCCACUUUGCGACUUCCUGGGCAGAAACGAACCAGACAUGCCAUUCCCGAAAAUCAACGAAGGAGCGAUGGUCCGCCAAAUUACCGAUCAUUUUUUACGACGAAUAGCACUCUUCGUAGUGCUGCCAAAGGCGCUGUUGUCUUUCGGGCUGCCAAUGGCUGUGGCGGCUGGAGCAUGGUGGUACAGUUCGCAACAGCCGUAA